ACCGCACAGUACUGUGUUUCGGCAGGAGCCAUAUAAAACCAACAGUAUUUAAAUACAAUAGAAGCAUUUAAUAUAUAUAUAUAUGUGUGUGUGUAUAUAUAUAUGUGUAUAUAUGCGCUUGUAUGAUAGUACGGCGAGUGCCCGCCUCCUCGACGCUGCGUAUCCUCGCUGCCCUCAGAAGUUUGUGAAGAGGCUGGGUUCACAUUGCUGGAAGUCUCGCCGUGAGGGAGGAACGGGUCUGUGCCGCUUGCUGUGUUAAACACCCUGCUUGUUCCUGGCUUCUUCUGUCCUUUCUGUCAGCUCUUAGAAGAAGACUCUCGCCAUGGCCGGUAAGAAGAUGGCUCAGUACGGGAAGCAGCUCCUGCGCCGGCGUGCGCUGGACUGCAGCAUGGAGGAGACUCGCUUCUCACGCUGCCUGUCCACGCUGGACCUGGUGGCGCUGGGCGUGGGCAGCACGCUGGGCGCCGGUGUAUACGUGCUGGCGGGGGAAGUAGCCAGGGAGAAGGCGGGACCAGCUAUCGUGCUCUGCUUCCUUAUCGCUGCCCUGUCCUCUGUCCUCGCCGGCCUGUGCUACGCUGAAUUCGGGGCGCGGGUCCCCAAGACCGGCUCGGCGUACCUCUACAGCUACGUGACGGUCGGAGAGAUCUGGGCGUUCAUAACCGGCUGGAAUCUGAUUCUCUCGUAUGUCAUAGGUACAGCGAGCGUGGCCCGGGCGUGGAGCUCCACGUUCGAUAACCUGGUGGAGCAGAAGAUCUCCAUGUUCUUCAAGGCUUCCGUAUCCAUUAAGGUGCCGGGUGUCCUGGCUGAGUACCCCGACAUCUUUGCCCUCAUCCUGGUGAUCCUGCUGACAGGUCUGCUGGCGUUUGGCGUGAGCGAGUCGGCGCUGGUCAAUAAGAUUUUCACAGGGGUGAACCUGGUGGUGCUGGGCUUCGUCAUCAUUUCGGGCUUCGUGAAGGGAGACACGCACAACUGGAGCCUGACCCAGGAGGACUUCUACAACAACCCCCACACCUCCUCCUCCAGCAACAGCAGCACCAACAGCUUCGGGGCCGGUGGCUUCGCCCCCUUCGGCUUCACGGGCAUCCUGUCGGGGGCCGCCACCUGCUUCUACGCCUUCGUUGGGUUCGACUGCAUCGCCACCACGAGUGAAGAGGCUAAGAACCCCCAGCGCUCCAUCCCCAUUGGCAUCGUGGCCUCGCUGCUCAUCUGCUUCUUCGCGUAUUUCGGGGUGUCGGCUGCGCUCACCCUCAUGAUGCCUUACUACUUUCUGGACACCCAGAGCCCCCUCCCCGAGGCCUUCCAGUAUGUGGGUUGGGGUCCCGCGCGCUACAUCGUGGCCGUGGGCUCACUCUGCGCUCUCUCCACCAGUCUGCUGGGCUCCAUGUUCCCCAUGCCCCGGGUCAUCUAUGCCAUGGCUGAGGACGGGCUUCUCUUCCGCUUCCUGUCCCGCAUGAACAAGAAGACCAGGACCCCCCUGCUGGCCACCAUCGUCUCGGGGGUCAUCGCAGCGCUUAUGGCUUUCCUCUUUGAGCUGGCUGCUCUGGUGGAUCUCAUGUCGAUCGGGACCCUGCUGGCGUAUUCCCUCGUUGCAGUCUGCGUGCUCAUCCUUAGGUACCAGCCAGGCUCACUGAGCAGCCCCGGUCAGUGUGAGAGGAUGGUGGAUCUGAGCGGGGAGAAGACUGCGAUGAACGACUCGGACAGCGGGGACGAGUUUGCCUGCGAGACCGUCCCUCUGAAGGAGAAGUUCACCAUGAAGCUGCUCUUGGUGCCCAGCUGUGACUUCCCCACCAAGACAUCUGGGCUCAUCGUCUACGUCACCACCGCCACCAUCUCGCUGGUGUUCACAGUGCUAUGCUGUGUCCUGUCUGUGAAGAUGCCCUCCCUGGUGGCCGGGGAGCCCCUAUGGGUGACAGUGUGCGCUGUCCUGGCGGUCGUGUCUGUCGUCUGCAUCGCCAUCAUCUGGAGACAGCCGGAGAGCCGAGAGUCCCUCACGUUCAAGGUCCCCUUCCUGCCUCUGCUGCCCCUCUUCAGUAUCUUCGUCAAUGUUUACCUCAUGAUGCAGCUUGACGCAGGGACCUGGGUGCGAUUCGCUGUCUGGAUGACUAUAGGGUUUCUGAUUUAUUUCGCCUACGGGAUCCGGAACAGCUCCGUGGCCCAGAGCUCGGCAGAUAAAGAGGAGCCAGCCCUCGGAGCCAAGACCCCCAUUUACCAGAAGGAGGAGCCUGGGACCGAGAGCUCCAGAGUCUGAGAGAGAGCGAAGGAAGGAAGGGAGUCCAGCACUGAACCAGGGACCAUCGGCCACCUCGAGCAGGGGGGCAAAUAAACCCAGAGAAAUGAACUUCCACGUGUGUGUGCGUGUGUGUGUCUGUGUCCAGUACGUUCAUGUAUAUGUUGUAUCAUACUGUAUAGAGAUAUUUAUUUGUAUACAUUAAAUGUACUUGCUUGGGUUUAGGGAAUGGGAUUCUCAGCGCGCAGGAGUGAAUCUGUCCGCUGUGCAAAACGGAGUCUUCCUUCAAACCCUGUUGCAAAAUGACCUGUGCAGUACAAGUCAGAUUGUACAUGUGUACGCAUCUGUAUAUUAAACCUGGCUGUCCACAGCUGUUACAGUAUGCAUAUAUACAGUGUGUGUAUGCAAGUGUGCAGACAACGGGUGUUUAUUUGCAUGUAAAUUAUAGAGCAGUAAUCCCAUAACAGGCUUUUAGAAAACUGUGUCGUGAACUGAACUGCAAUCCAGAAAUUCGAAGCGGACAGCAGCCUCACUACGAGCCGGGCGCGCCUGCCACUGCCUCAUUGUUUUAUGUAAUCACUGAACGUCGGUGUGAAGCAAAGCCUUCUGUACAGUAUUACACAAAGAAAUGAGAUUUUUGCGAAGCAGGAAUGUAUUUUAUCUGUAGCGUUUCAUUUUACACGUGUGUGCGUGCACAGGGGGUGGGAAUAACCAAAAAAAGUGAACUGAACUGAAAAUACUAGGCUAGACGAAUCCGACCUGAUCUGUUUGUUGUGUGGUUUUGCCAUCAGUUACCAUCUUAAUCCCUAAUCAUUUACCGAGGUUUGUGUUUGUAAAUAUUUCAAGACGAGAGUUUGUUACUUUUCAUUUGUUUUGAUCUUUAUCAGUGACCGUGUGUGUGUGUGUGUGUGUGUGUAUACAGACCAUAUGUUUUUAAAUGUGUUCAUUGUCCUGUUGGAUUUGUCGAGUAUUGAGGCUGGUGAAGCCGAGCUAGUCCAAUUUGUUUUUACAUGGUUUUAUUUUCUUGUUUUAUUCAAUGCAGUGUAUUUAUUUUUCAUGAAAGCCCUGUUGCAUUAAUUGAGAUGCAUUGACCUCCUUUUGUCAACAGCACAAUCUGGCUUCUGCGCCCUCGUCCUGUAUUGUAAAUAUAGCCCUAGUUUCACCGUUCUUUUUGAUUCCUGUGUUACAGCGUACAGAUUAAUAAUAAUAAUAAUAUUAUGUGGUUGAUUGAUGAUUUCUGUAUCCAGUGUAUUGUAUCUAUAUUUAGAAUUUAGUUUCAAUCAAACCUCGUUUGUCUCCAGGAUCGUUCCCAGUAAACAGGAGUAGCUUCCCAUUCCCUUCCAGAAGAGAUGUACAGACAGACAGACAGACAGGCAUGACUACUGUGGUGUUAAAGACCUUGUUUCAGUUCUUAUGAAAGCACCCCUUGGUUUUUAAUGACUGGAUUAUGCAGUAUGUUUUGUAAUGGCAGUGAUGGUCCGAAACACAGCUACAAAACAGAUCCCAGUGUUACUGUGUGCAGCCCAGCAAUGCAGGGGAGCGAGUCUAUUACAAUAAGAUGUAUUUCUCUCCCACUGGACUGCUACUCCCCCAAAGUAAAAAGCAGACAGCUUGGGGAUACACAAUAUGAUGUGUAAGUGUGAACACAGUGCCCCGAAACGUGUAUAUUUACUUACAUGCAAAUUGUAGAGCAGUAAUGUGAGAACUGUUUAGAGCAUGGCGCUGUGAAGUGAACUAGAGCAAAAUGUACAAGUUGGAUACGCUGGUAUUGUGGAUUACCAGGCUGAAAGAGCUGCAGAGGGAGGCAGUCUGUGAGACUGUAUGCUGAACAUGCUGCAGCUGUGGUGUGUUUCACACUGAGAUUACUCACGGCUUUGUGUUUACUUCAGAGCUGGUUUCUGUUGAUCUGCGGCCCGCGCUGCGGUGAUGAUGUUCAGAAUUCUUGUUUGGAGCUGAUUCAGCGCUAUGUAUUAAUAUUUUUUUUAUCGAUUUUUGUAAAUAGAAGGGUGAUAUUUUGGUAUUAAGAGUACUUUUGUCAGAGAGAAACACUUGCAUCUAUUAAAAAAGAAGAUUUUGGGCUGGUUGACAAGUUUUAGCCAUUAUUAUUAUUAUUAUUAUUAUUAUUAUUAUCAUUAUCUACUAUUUGUUCUAAAGCUAGCAAUUUUGUGCUUAUUAACAUGUUCAUUGUUUCUAAAGUGUUCUGCAGCAGACCGCUGUGCUUUUACUGCCGUGAAGAUACAAACAAAAGCCACUGUAGCUGUUGUACUGUAACCCAAGUACACGUGCAACCCCACUGCAGCCUUCUGUUCUGUAUCCACCAGACCCUUCUCUGUGUGCAUUCUGGGUCCUGGUCUCUAUGAAAAGCACCGUCUCAUUU